UUUGAAUUUAAUGACAGCGAAUUUCUUAUAUUUUAUAAUAUUAAGCAUUUCAAAAUUUUAUUUAUUUACAUAUCUUUAAAUAUUUUAAAAAAUUUUCUAUGGCUAAGCUUGCAAAAAGUAAAAGUACUUGGACUCCUCUCAGCAAUCCUGAACUAAAUCAAAAGAUUUUUAAUGAAAGAAGACUUCUGACAAACAAAUGGUUUGAAAAGUGGUCAGAUGAUCAAAAACUGCAAAUCAUUGAUGACUUUGUUAGUCAAAUGAAGUCCAAACAUUUGGAUGCUCUGAGAGAACUUUUGGCAAAUAAAAAAAAUUUUUUCCACGAAGAUUUCACUCGAUGUUUGCCACGUAUCUUAUCUGUUUACAUCUUCUCCUUCCUUGAUCCAAGGAGUCUUUCUAGAUGUGCCCAGGUGUGCUGGCAUUGGAAGUGGAUAACAGAACUUGAUCAGUUGUGGAUGAAGAAGUGUUUGAGUUUUGGUUGGCUGAUUCCUCCAAGCAAGAAUUUACAAGAAAAUGCUGGUCUAUGGAAGAAGCAUUAUAUUGAAAACAUCAGUGCAUUGAAAACCACCAUACAACUGGCAACACUGAAGAUGUCGGCACGAUCUCCGCGAAUCAAGCGCCCUUCAUCUGCCCUGAACACCAACCGAUCCACGACGAGCACGUCCGCACUGACCACCAAGAGAGACUUGAAGAACAGCCGACCGCCCUGGAGGGGUUCAGACAAGGCUCCACGUGAUAUCAGGAGGAACAACUACCUCAACAAUGAAGAUGAAGUUGAAAAAUUCAACAGAAUGUUCGUUUUUUUUUCUCUUUGUAGCUUGCUUGUUUGCUUUUUUUUUUGUUUUAAUUUAGUUUAAUAUGUAAAAUAUAAUAGUAUGUAUGCUAUUUACAAUUAAGAGUUUUUAAUGUUUCAAUGCAGUUUGUUUGUUGAAUGAAUUAAUAAAAGAAAUAUAGAUUAUGA